UAAUGAUGCCAUGAUCCAUGUUUUUUGCAACAUGAGAUUUCACGUCUAGGUAAUUGUAUACAGGUCAGUGUCAGAAACUCAGAUAUCAUAAUUGAGUCAUUUUGACAUUGAUAACAUUGUCGAAAAUACGAAUAUUGAAAGACUGAGCAAAAUUGUCGCCUGUAUAUUUGUUAUUGGUGAAAGAUUUUCAAAAAAUGGCUGAACGAAAAGCAGUCAAUAAAUAUUACCCUCCAGAUUGGGAUCCUUCAAAGGGUUCUGUUAACAAGCGUGUGGGACAGCAUCCUCUACGGGAAAGAGCUCGAAAACUUUCCCAAGGCAUUUUAAUUAUCAGAUUUGAAAUGCCAUACAACAUUUGGUGUGGAGGCUGUAAUAUUCAUAUUGGAAUGGGUGUUAGAUACAAUGCAGAGAAAAAAAAAGUUGGUAAUUAUUACACAACACCCAUCUACAGAUUUCGCAUGAAGUGUCAUCUUUGUGAUAACUAUAUUGAAAUUGAAACUGAUCCAAAGAAUUGUGACUAUACGAUUGUUGCUGGUGCAAGACGAAAGGAAGAAAGAUGGGAUCCGGUUGCAGCGGAGAAUGUUAUAGCCACAGACCAUGCUGAUAAACAAAAGAUGAUUGAUGAUGCAAUGUUUAAACUUGAACAUGGUGAGAAAGAUAAGAAGAAAUCAAAAGCUGCUAUUCCUGGACUGGUUCAAAUCAAGGACAUGCAAACACAAUGGAAAGACGACUUUGGACUUAAUCAAAUGCUUAGAAAAAAGUUUCGACAAGAAAAGAAGGUCAUUUUGCGAAAGGAAGAAAAAGAUCAAGAAAUUAAAGAGAAGGGUGGCUUAAAUCUUCACUUGGUAAAUGAAAGUCCUGAAGAUAUUGCUCUGGCUAAGAAAAUUAAAUAUCGUAAUGAAGGUUAUGAGUUGGAAAAACGAAAGAAACGUUUACAAAUUAAGAACAGACCAAUGUUUUCCAAAUCGUCUGAAUCAAACGUUCAUCGUUCAAGAUUGCUCGAAAAACGACAGAAAAUUAUGUUUUCGAGAAAGUCCUCUUUGGAAAAUUUUUCAAAAAAUCGAAAGGAUGAAUUGAUUAAAAAAACUCAAUCCUAUGAUGCGGUAAUCGUGUCAAAGGAGAAAGAUGAUUCUACUUCAAAGGUUAUAAAUGAAAAAAUUGAAGAGACUUCACUGCUCACCUCGGAAACAGUCAAUGGAACUGAUAAUAUUCCUGUGGCCAAGAAAACUGAAAACUCCAGCAAUAAUAUGGACGAUGACUUGCCGAAAACGUUUCCCAAUACAUAUCAAAAUUUAUCAGAAACUUCAGCCAAGAGAUUUAUCGAUGGAGAAAAUAAAGAGUUCAUUACAGAAAAUUUGAAGUCGAGAGAACCUCAGUUGUCGUUAGUUUCAGAGAUGUAUAGUGACACAGAUAGUGACAGUUCAAAAUAAUUCACCAACGCUGUUCAAUAAAUGUUGCCAAACUAUAUUUAAA